CGAGAUGACAUCACCCUACCUUUAACCUUUCCGUCUACCACCGUCUUACCUGAGAGAGAGAGAGAGAGAGAGAGAGAGAGAGAGAGAGAGAGAGCUCAGCUCUCAGCCUCCCAGCCAGCGUCCUUCUCCUUACACAAACAGCAGAUAUGCAACCCCAUCAACCGUAGAGAGAGAGAGAGAAACGCAGAGAAAAACAAGAGAGAAACCUCUCCUACGUUUGGUUUCAGGUUUCCUUAGCUUUUUGUUAAGGAAGCCACCCAGUCCUUGCCACAAGCAGUGGAAGAGCUAGUAGAGAGAAGGAGAGAGACACAAUCCAAAAGAAAGAGGAAGAGACUUGCCUCUACUUGCUACUAACUUCCAGGAGAAAGCAAGCAGGAGUGUGAACACAUAGGCAGCAGCACUCGAGUCCUAUUUCUCAAGAUUUCCAGUGGCUAAUUUUCAAGAUAGAGCUCAUAACAGUGCAGAUCUGAGCCUGCUUAGCUCUAUUAUUAUCGUAUAGUAUUGCAAACAGAAAAGAAGAAGAAGAAGAAGAAGAAGAAGAAGAUGCAGUCAGGAUAUGGAAGCGUGUCGGAGAUCCAGCAAUUCAUGAUGGAGAGCUGCGGCAGCUCGAUCUUCUCCAUGUCCUCGGCCGCCCCCUCGAACCCCUCGGCCGACAUCCAUGCCGCUGCCUCCCAGCCUCUCAAAUACCAUCCCCUCCACCACCCCCAGCCCAGCUCCCACCACCAGCAGCAGCCCCAGCCCCAGCCCCAGCCCCCCCCGCCGCCCCCCCCGCACCACUUCUCCUACUUCCACCCCAUCCCGAUAACCCAGCAGCUCUUCCAGCAGAGCCACCAGUUCCAGCUGCUCCACCACCAGCACCAGCUCCGGUUGGAUCACGAGUCGGGCCCCGAGAACUCGACCGCCGCCGCCGCCGGAGGCGGUGGGCCGGGUUUUCUCGCUGCUGCCAUGAAUUUCAAGCUGGCGGCCAAUGAGAGCAGCGGCGGCGGCAGCCAUGAGGGGCUGAACGACGACGACGGAGGGUCCGAUAGCCGCCUCCAUCACCACUGGCAGAGGGAGGAGGAAUCAGCCAUCAAGGAGCCCUCGUGGAGGCCUCUGGAUAUAGAUUACAUGAGUAGGAACAACAAGAGGUGCAAGGAGAAGGAGCCCGAGACGUCGACGAACAAGUACUGCAAGAAGAGCAAAGAAGGAGCGGAGCCGGACCAUGGCGGACACAUUACCGGCGGCAGCAACUACAAGCUCUUCAGCGAGCUCGAGGCCAUCUGCAAGCCCGGCGGCAGCACUCCUGGUGGCGGCGGAGGCGCCAACCAGACCGGCUCCGGUUCUGCACUCACCGGCGACGAGACCGCCCUCGUGCACACCGCCACCAACCCACCAGGACUGGCAGCUGAUCGCCACGUCGGCGGCUCGGAGACAUCGGCCGGAGAAGAGGCAACGGUGAGGAAAUUUUCCAAAGGAAGUGGGAGGAGGAAUCGGAAGCGGGGGCGGCAGCAGAAGAAGCAGCUGAGCACGAUCAUGGCCUUCUUCGAGAACCUGGUGAAGCAGCUGAUGGACCACCAGGAGAGCCUCCACCGGAAAUUCUUGGAAGUGAUGGAGAGGAGGGAGCGGGAGAGGACUGUCCGGGAGGAGGCCUGGAGGCGGCAGGAGGCGGCCAAGUCCAGCCGUGAGGCCGCCGCCCGGACCCAGGAGUGGGCCCUCGCCUCCUCCCGGGAGGCCGCCAUCAUCUCCUUCCUCGAGAAGACCACCGGCGAGACCGUCCACUUCCCCGAGAAGCUCCGAUUCCCAUCCCAAUUCUCCGAAGAACCCGGCAAGGAGGCCGAAACCACCGAAAACCUCCCGACCGAGCCCUCGAAUAAUACCAUCAUCAACGGCGAUGGCAGCACCAACAAGAUUCAGCUUAGCACGAGCCGGUGGCCGAAGCCCGAGGUCGAGGCGCUGAUCCAGGUGCGGAGCGGGCUCGAGUCGAGGUUCCAGGAGCCCGGCCUGAAGGCCCCGCUGUGGGAGGAGGUGAGCUCGACGAUGGCCGCCAUGGGCUACCACCGGAGCGCGAAGCGGUGCAAGGAGAAGUGGGAGAACAUCAACAAGUACUUCAGGAAGACAAAAGAGAGUGGCAAGAAGAGGCCGCGCAACUCCAAGACCUGCCCUUAUUUCCAACAAUUGGAUCAGCUCUACUCCAAGUCCCUCACCAAGUCCCAGCCCGCUUCCUCUUCUUCCCCUAAUGCCAAUGCGGCUAGCUGUACGGCUUCCGGCACGGCCAGUGAUCAACGGAAGGAUAACUCCGAGCUCCUCGAUGCCAUCGUCGUGUCCACCGAUCAGCAAGGCUUCAAGUUCCCUGAAAUGAGCUCGUUGCACUUUGAUUUCAAUGGCAAAGGGGAUGGAGACAACGAGCCUCCUCGCAAUGUGGGAAGCAAUGGCGAGGAAGAGGAUGACGAGGAUGACGAAGAGGGAGAGGAAAGAGAAGAAGGAGAAGGCUAGAACCAAGACCAACUCCACCAAGACGAGCACCAUCAACACCGCUCCAGUCUCUUCUUCCGGUGUCUCCAAUCCUAAAUCUAGUUAAUUACCUCCAAGAGGUAAUCCUCUUCCAUGUCGAUGGCUACACUCUCUCUCUCUCUCUGUCCCCCCUUCUCAAAGUUUGCUAUGUUUUCAUAUUAUUUUCGAAGUAGAAACCAGUUUAGGACAUGAAUUAGUAGCACUAGUAGCUGAAUAAAACCAUGGAUAUAUAUAUAUAUAUAUAUUAAUCCCACUAUCGAUCGAGUAAAACCUGUUCUUGCAAUUAUCA